CAAUAUGGUGGCUGUGGUGAAAAUUCCAGUGAUCAGUCUGAAUUUUUUUUAUGACCAGCUUGCAAUGUUUUCGGAUUGGAUUCAUCUGAGAGUUGGCAUGAAUUUGGUUUGUCCCCUUCAAAGCAGAUCAAUAGGCAGCACACUUGGGUUGUGGUGUAAACUUUCUCUGUUCAUCCCACCCAGAAAAAAAGUAUUCCAAGUUCAAAUGAAUCGUCUCUUUGCAUCCACCUGCCCAGAGCCAGUUGUCACCGUUUCUCUCCAUAUUGUUUUGCCAACAGUUUUUACAGUUGCAAAUGUACAACUCAUCGGAGCGUUCUGCAACCAGUUAGCAAGUCCAAUAUGGAGCUAAGAUUGAAAUUUAAAAAAAAAAAAAGUUAUAAACAUAUCGUUUAUGCGGUGAGCUAUCAAAAACCCUUGACUGGAUAUGCGACAACACCAACAUCUUUUCUGUUCCAACAAGAUGAUGACUCACACUUUGUAAGUGGAUCCUUUUGGGAAGCGGCAUUGAUUGGAUAUGGUUUUGGAAUUGUGUUUGGAUUGGUUGCCGGGUUUUUUAUGUUUUUAACUGGAAAACCUAAUUGGUUUGUUCACAUCAUUGAGGGGGUUGAAAAGAAGAAGGUGAAAAGAUUGAGGAGAAGUGGUUGCAAGUAAUGACUAAGAAGAAUUUCAUUUUGAAUGUUUUUAACAAGUGAGUGAUGCAAACCUUAAUAUAUAUAUAUAUAUAUAUAUAUCUUGCACUAUUUAAUU